UUGUGACUUUCACCUUCAACCGUCCUUCGUUCGAAAGUAGUAGUAAAUCCCCAGACUCAUCCUCGGAUCCUCCCUCGCGGCUUUCUCCUUCCCGCUUCCUGUCCCUUCAUCCUUCCUCUGUUCUCCGGUCACCCUCACCAACCGCCGUAUCCAGUACGGGCGGAGAAAGGGACCGAUUCGAUUUCGGAGGUCCGUACAUCUUCGCUCUUCGUUAACUUGUAUCGUCUCCAGGGCUGCCUCUUCCUCAGAUAGUUCGGCAUUCUUCCCGGGGAUUCGGCUUUGUUCGCGUGUCUGCUUCAAGAAAGCAAAGAUGCCAAAGGUGAAGACGAACCGAGUCAAGUACCCAGAGGGCUGGGAAUUGAUCGAGCCAACUCUUCGCGAACUGCAGGCGAAGAUGAGAGAAGCUGAGAAUGAGUCGCAUGAUGGCAAGAGAAAAUGUGAGGCACUGUGGCCUAUUUUCAAAAUAGCGCAUCAAAAGAGCCGAUACAUUUUCGACCUUUACCAUCGGAGGAAGGAAAUAUCCAAGGAAUUGUUUGAGUUCUGUAUGGACCAGGGCUAUGCAGACCGUAAUCUCAUUGCAAAAUGGAAGAAGCCUGGUUAUGAGCGCUUAUGCUGCUUGAGAUGCAUGCAACCAAGGGAUCACAAUUUCGCCACUACAUGCGUUUGUCGAGUGCCCAAGAACCUGCGGGAGGAAGAGGUCAUAGAAUGCGUCCAUUGCGGCUGCAGGGGAUGUGCAAGUGGAGAUUGAUGAAGCCACUUGAAGCUCUGGCUGGGGACCGGAAAUGGUUAGCUCGUCUGGCAAAUGCUGAUUGUUGUAAACUAACAGAGUUCCCACCCUGAAUUACGUAACUGGCUUCUAUAGUGUAAUGGAUCAAACAGAGUACCAGCCUACCAGGCAUCAGAGUCUAGAAACUGUUGUACUCUCUCUUUCCCCUCAUUGUUUCUUUUUUCGAAGACAAGUCGCCAUGGAAGUCGACAGAGAUUCGAAUUCCAGAACUGGUAAUCAAAUCACCCUCUUUCCUUUAGUAAGGCGCAUUUUAUAGAUUUGGAAACCAGAGUACGAGUAAUAUGCAGGCCAAUAGCAGCAUCAACAUGGAAUCCUGUAAAACCAAGUUCAUGUUCCCGCAGCUGAUUUCCUUUCACCUGCCUGUCCGAUUUUCAGUUGAGCUUCAGGCCUACAGGAAGAUUGGGCUUCAGGCCCUGGGUUUUGGGCUAUCUGCUUGUGUAUUGGGGAAAAUGUUGGGCUGGGAUCGGAAAGGAUAACAGCCUAGUCAUCUUUCUAUUUGUAAAGGUUGAACUUAGAUGUAUGUUCCUUU